GUCGGGUAAUGAGUUCCACGCUGCUUCCUCCUCCUAACCCCAAACCCAAGCCAAUCGCUAACUCAACUCACUCACGUACAAACACUGUGGCUUUUGUCUUCCUCUCCCACUUAGGUUGUCCUAAAGUAUUUUAUUUAUCUCACGCAAAUUCCCCUAAAAUUAUAUUCCACGCGUUACAGCAAAAAUGUGUACUUAUUUCUUCAGUUUCUGUCACGGUUGACAAACAACAACUCCUCCACAAAAUCACCAUCAAACACACUCAAAUCCCCACGAUAAAACAUAUACCCAUAGAUUGUAAUAAACCUACUACAUAAACACAGGCAAACGACAGGUUUUCUAUUUUAGUGCCUUUGUGGGAACUGAAGUAAACGCUGCCAAAAAUGCACGCCAAGACAGACUCAGAGGUCACCAGCCUCGCCCCAUCAUCGCCGACGAGGUCCCCUCGGCGUCCAGUUUACUAUGUGCAGAGCCCUUCACGUGAUUCUCAUGAUGGAGAAAAAACCACGACGUCUUUCCACUCCACGCCGGUGCUCAGCCCCAUGGGCUCACCACCACACUCCCAUUCCUCAGUGGGCCGCCACUCGCGUGAGUCCUCAUCGAGUCGCUUUUCCGGAUCGCUCAAACCCGGAUCCCGCAAGAUCUCGCCUAACGACGCGUCGUCUGGAAGAGCACACAGCAAGGGACAUAAGCAAUGGAAAGAAUGUGAUGUGAUUGAAGAAGAGGGACUCCUGGAAAAUGAAGAGCGUGAAAAGGGACUCCCUCGAAGAUGCUACGUUUUAGCUUUUGUUCUUGGCUUCUUUAUUCUGUUCUCUAUGUUUUCUUUGAUUCUCUGGGGAGCUAGCAGACCCCAGAAACCCAAGAUCAGAAUGCAGAGUAUAAAAUUCGAGCAAUUCAAGAUCCAAGCUGGUUCGGAUUUCACUGGGGUGGCGACUGAUAUGAUCACCAUGAAUUCCACAGUGAAAAUGAUUUAUCGCAACACCGGAACAUUCUUUGGCGUCCAUGUAACAUCAACUCCUCUAGAUCUGUCAUAUUCUCAAAUCAACAUCGCUUCAGGAACCAUGAAGAAAUUUUACCAAUCAAGGAAGAGCCAAAGGUCUGUACAGGUAAUGGUUAUGGGAAACAAGGUUCCUUUGUACGGAAGUGGAGCGAGUUUGAGCAGUUCAACGGGCACAACAUCUCUUCCAGUUUCACUUAAUCUGAACUUCGUUGUCCGUUCAAGAGCUUAUGUCUUGGGCAAAUUGGUAAAGCCAAAAUUCUCCAAGAGAAUCGACUGUGACAUAACUUUCGAUCCCAAGAAACUCAAUGUCCCCAUUUCACUCAAGCAAUCUUGCACAUACGAUUGAUAGAUCCAAUCACAUGGAAAACCGGCUUUCUCUUUCUCCCUUCUUUUUUCUUUCUUUUUUGUUAAAUUUGUUGGUCUUCCCUUUGUCGACUAGGAGUGGGAAAUGAAUGAGAUACAGCUAAGCAGGGCAGGUUUGGAGAUGUCUGGGCACGGAGUGAGGAACGCGUUGUUGGACUAAUGGGGGCUGCCCGAGUGCCCCGACAGUGAGAAACACAUACGUUGUAUUCGGUGGUGACUUGUGAGUGAUUGCUUUUGUUUUUGUUUUUUUUUUGUUUUUUAAAUGUAAAAGUAAAGAAAUAAUUUUUUUUUAAAAAGUACUACUUAAUGUAAUCCAUUCUUUUAGUACAAAGUUUAUGAUGGAAUAAUAGAGCCUUAAAUGUUGUAGGUAAAUUGUCAGCUGUCGGUUGAGUAAUUUUGUGUUUGAAGGAA